AUGUCAGAUAGUGAAGACGGAAUGAGUAGCGAGGAGGACUUCCAAUCCCAUGUUCAUCUCUUCAAAUCCUCUCUCGAUAUUGGAUCUCACUUUAUAGAUUAUGAGCCAGAAAAUGAACUUGUCUUUUACAACAGAGAGGGUACCCUGCUAGCUCAACUAACAGUCAAAAAUGUUACAAGCAAAGCCUAUGUUGCAUUUUUCAUAUUUACAUCAGCCUCAUAUCCCAUUGAUAUAAACCCCAAAUGCGGAUUCAUUCCACCCUCAUACUAGCAAACUGUAAAUAUAGGAUGGAGAAGUGAUCAGAGACCAGAUGCAGAUAAACUCAGUCACGCUAUGUUCUUCGUUCAAGAAAUGAACAUGAACUUGCAAGAUGUGUUCAACACUUACAAUGUGAACAUUCUCUUUACAGUCGCUGCUCUUCCCUCAAGAGUAUCUCUUGGAGUGCCUAUGCAACCACUAAUUGGAGGAAUCCCCUCUUAAUAGCCACCAACUGCUUUCGUUCCCUAAACUUAAUAUAAAUAACCAGGCUAAUCCACUCAACAACCCCCUAUGGCUAGAAAACAAUUCGCAGAUGAGGAGGAGAAAAGCAGUCAGGCAACAACCAACAUGAAGAUUCAAUCGACUGGAAGAAGCGGCUCACAAAAUAGAGUGAAGCCUUCAGUUGGUGAUGGAUAGCCUAAAGGCAAAGCAGGUGAAAAUAAUAGUAUUAACGAUCACCGAUCAGAUGGCUCAGGUGGUAGUUAGAUCAAUCUUGUAUGA